GGGUUUCAUCGCAAUGAGGACAUGAAGGCUAUCGAUGUUCUUCCCAUCCUGAAGGAGAAGGUUGCCUUUCUCUCAGGUGGCAGAGACAGACGUGGUGGUCCAAUUCUCACUUUUCCAGCACGCAGCAAUCAUGAUAGAAUACGACCCGAUGAUCUCCGCAGACUUGUAGCGUACCUGGCUACUAUUCCAAGCGAGGAGGUGGCCCGGCACGGCUUCACGGUCAUCGUGGACAUGCGUGGUUCGAAGUGGGACGGCAUCAAACCGUUACUGAAAAUCCUGCAGGAGUCGUUCCCGUCCUGCAUCCACGUUGCUCUCAUCAUCAAACCAGACAACUUCUGGCAGAAGCAAAGGACCAACUUUGGCAGCUCCAAGUUUGAAUUUGAGACGGUGAUGGUGUCCUUAGAGGGCUUGACCAAGAUUGUGGAUCCUUCCCAGCUGACAGCCGACUUCGAGGGCAGCUUAGAGUACAACCACGAUGAAUGGAUCGAGGUGCGGCUUUCAUUUGAGACGUUUGCCAGUGACGCGGCUCGGGCUUUGGCCCGCCUCGAGGAGCUCCAGGAGAUCUUGUCCCAGCGGGACCUCCCGCGGGACCUGGAGGGUGCUCGGCGGCUCAUGGAAGAGCACGCCGGGCUGAAGAAACGAGCCACCAAGGCCUCCAUUGAGGAGCUGGACACACAGGGGCGUCGGCUCCUCCAGAGGCUGCAGUCGCAAACCUCCGGUGGUGGGGACGGCAGCUACGGUAACCGAGGCGUCGGAGCCAGCGGAGAUUCCAAUGACCACCACCACGGGCUCCACGCGCAACACGCUGACGUGCACAACCUGGUGGCUAAGGUGACAGCUUUGCUGGAUAAGCUCCACGGGACGAGGCAGAAUCUGCAGCAGCUGUGGCACAUGAGGAAGCUGAAGCUGGACCAGUGUUUCCAGCUGCGGCUCUUCGAGCAGGACGCUGAGAAGAUGUUCGACUGGAUCAUGCACAACAAGGGGCUUUUCCUCACCAGCUACACGGAGAUCGGAGGGAACCACCAGCACGCUGUCGAGUUGCAGACGCAGCACAACCACUUCGCUAUGAACUGCAUGAAUGUGUACGUGAACAUCAAUCGAAUCAUGUCUGUUGGGAACCGUCUCCUGGAGUCGGGCCACUACGCCUCGCAGCAGAUCCAGCAGAUCUCGGGUCAGCUGGAGCAGGAGUGGAAGGCGUUUGCUGCGGCGCUGGACGAACGCAGCACUCUGCUGGAGAUGUCUGCCAGCUUCCAUCAGAAGGCAGAUCAGUACAUGAGCAAAGUGGAGCCAUGGUGUAAAGCCUGUGGUGAAGGAGAGCUGCCCUCUGAACUCCAGGAUCUAGAAGAUACAAUCCACCAUCACCAGGGCCUGUAUGAGCACAUCACCACUGCAUACUCUGAGGUAAGCCAAGACGGGAAGUCUCUGCUGGACAAACUGCAGCGACCUUUGACCCCAGGAAGUGCCGAUUCACUCAUGGCGUCGGCCAACUACUCCAAGGCCGUGCACCACGUCCUCGACAUCAUUCACGAGGUGUUGCAUCACCAGAGGCAGCUGGAGAACAUCUGGCAGCAUCGCAAAGUGCGCCUGCACCAGCGUCUGCAGCUGUGUGUCUUUCAGCAGGACGUUCAGCAGGUUUUGGACUGGAUAGAAAACCACGGAGAGGCCUUCCUCAGCAAACACACUGGUGUUGGCAAGUCUUUGCACAGAGCCAGGGCUCUGCAGAAGAGACAUGAAGACUUUGAAGAAGUUGCACAAAACACCUACACCAACGCUGACAAGCUGCUAGAGGCAGCGGAGCAGCUGGCCCAAACCGGAGAGUGUGACCCGGAGGAGAUCUACCAGGCUGCCCACCAGCUGGAGGACCGCAUCCAGGACUUUGUGCGACGCGUCGAGCAGCGGAAGGUUCUGCUCGACAUGUCUGUCGCCUUUCACACACAUGUUAAAGAGCUGUGGACGUGGUUGGAGGAGCUGCAGAAGGAGCUGCUGGAUGACGUGUACGCUGAGUCCGUGGAAGCCGUGCAGGACCUGAUCAAGCGAUUCGGCCAGCAGCAGCAGACUACCCUGCAGGCGACAGUCAACGUCAUCAAGGAGGGAGAGGACCUCAUACAGCAGCUCAGAGACUCGGCUAUCUCCAGCAACAAGACCCCUCACAACAGCUCCAUGGCCCACAUAGAGAGUGUGCUGCAGCAGCUGGACGAGGCCCAGGGUCAGAUGGAGGAGCUGUUCCAGGAGAGGAAGAUCAAACUGGAGCUCUUCCUCCAGCUCCGGAUCUUUGAGAGGGAUGCAAUAGAUGUCAUCUCAGACCUGGAGUCAUGGAACGAGGAGCUGACCAAGCAGACGAACGACUUCGACACCGAGGAUCUGACUCUAGCUGAGCAGAGGCUCCAGCAUCAUGCAGACAAAGCUCUCACCAUGAACAACCUCACCUUCGACGUCAUCCACCAGGGACAGGAGCUGCUGCAGUACGUCACCGAGGUCCAAGCCUCAGGUGUUGAGCUGUUGUGCGACAGAGACGUGGACAUGGCGACCCGGGUUCAGGACCUGCUGGAGUUUCUUCACGAGAAGCAGCAGGAGUUGGACCUGGCAGCCGAGCAUCACCGGAGACACCUGGAGCAGUGUGUCCAGUUAAGGCACCUACAAGCUGAGGUCAAACAGGUGCUGGGUUGGAUCCGUAAUGGAGAGUCGAUGCUGAGCGCCGGCCUCAUCACCGCCAGCUCGUUACAAGAAGCUGAGCAGCUGCAGAAGGAGCACGAACAGUUUCAACAUGCUAUAGAGAAAACCCAUCAGAGUGCGCUGCAGGUUCAGCAGAAGGCCGAGGCCCUCCUCCAGGCCAACCACUACGACAUGGACAUGAUCAGAGACUGUGCAGAGAAGGUGGCGGACCACUGGCAGCAGCUGAUGCUGAAGAUGGAGGACAGGCUUAAACUGGUUAAUGCAUCUGUGGCCUUCUACAAAACCUCCGAGCAGGUGUGCAGCGUGUUAGAAAGCCUGGAGCAGGAGUACAAGAGGGAAGAGGACUGGUGUGGCGGUGCUGAUAAACUGGGCCCAAACUGCGAGACGGACCACGUCACGCCUAUGAUCAGCAAACAUCUGGAGCAGAAGGAGGCUUUCCUCAAAGCCUGCACGUUAGCCAGGCGCAACGCCGACGUGUUCUUGAAGUACCUGCACAGAAACAGCGUCAACAUGCCCGGCCUGCUGUCCCACGUCAAAGCCCCCGAGACUCAGGUCAAGAACAUCCUAAACGAGUUGCUGCAGAGAGAGAACAGAGUCCUUCACUUCUGGACCAUGAGGAAGAGGAGGCUGGACCAGUGCCAGCAGUAUGUGGUGUUUGAGAGGAGCGCCAAACAGGCCCUGGAGUGGAUCCACGACACCGGAGAGUUUUACUUGUCCACACACACCUCCACCGGCUCGAGCAUUCACCACACGCAGGAGCUGCUGAAGGAGCACGAGGACUUCCAGAUCACAGCGAAGCAAACCAAAGAGCGGGUAAAGCUGUUGAUCCAGCUGGCGGAUGGGUUUUGUGAAAAGGGCCACGCCCAUGCCCUGGAGAUAAAGAAAUGGGUGUCCUCGGUGGACAAGCGCUACAGGGACUUUUCUCUCCGCAUGGACAAAUACCGAACCAGCCUGGAAACGGCGCUCGGCAUCUCAUCGGACUCAAACAAGGCUAGUAAAGAGCUGCAGCUGGACAUCAUCCCUGUUACUGCUCCAGGGUUAGAGGUCAAGCUGAGGGAUGCAGCCCAUGAGCUCAACGAGGAGAAGAGGAAAUCGGCACGGAGGAAAGAAUUCAUCAUGGCUGAGCUGAUCCAAACAGAGAAAGCCUACGUCAGAGACCUGCGAGAGUGUAUGGAUACGUACCUGUGGGAGAUGACCAGCGGUGUGGAGGAGAUUCCUCCUGGCAUCGUCAACAAGGAGCACAUUAUCUUUGGAAACAUGCAGGACAUCUUCGAGUUUCACCACAACAUCUUCUUGAAGGAGCUGGAGAAAUACGAGCAGCUUCCGGAGGACGUCGGCCAUUGUUUCGUGACCUGGGCUGAUAAGUUCCAGAUGUAUGUGAACUACUGUAAGAACAAGCCGGACUCCACCCAGCUCAUCCUGGAGCAUGCUGGGAACUACUUUGACGAAAUCCAACAAAGACACCGUCUUGCCAACUCCAUCUCUUCUUACCUGAUCAAACCCGUCCAGCGAAUCACAAAAUACCAGCUGCUCCUGAAGGAGCUGCUGACGUGCUGUGAGGAGGGAAAAGGAGAGAUCAAGGAUGGGCUGGAGGUGAUGCUCAGUGUCCCAAAGAGAGCCAACGACGCCAUGCACCUGUCCAUGCUGGAAGGGUUUGAUGGGAAUAUCGACUCCCAGGGAGAGUUGAUCCUCCAGGACUCCUUCCAGGUUUGGGAUCCUAAGACGUUAAUCCGUAAGGGCCGGGACCGACACCUCUUCCUGUUUGAGAUGUCCCUGGUCUUCAGCAAGGAAGUUAAAGACUCAAACGGGCGCAGCAAAUACCUCUACAAGAGCAAACUCUUCACGUCAGAGCUCGGAGUGACAGAACAUGUGGAGGGAGAUCCUUGUAAGUUUGCCCUCUGGGUGGGCAGGACUCCGACCUCUGACAACAAGAUCGUACUCAAGGCAUCGAGUUUAGAGAACAAGCAGGACUGGAUCAAACACAUCAGGGAGGUCAUCCAGGAGCGAACCGUCCACCUGCGAGGAGCUCUGAAGGAGCCCAUUCACAUCCCUAAAGCCACCGCGACUAAACAUAAAGGCAGACGGGAUGGAGAGGAACUGGACAGCCAGGGAGACGCCAGCAGCCAACCGGACACCAUCUCCAUCGCCUCCCGGACCUCCCAGAACACACUGGACAGUGAUAAGCUCUCUGGCGGCUGCGAGCUGACGGUGGUGAUGCACGACUUCGUGGCCGGUAACGGGGGCAGCAACGGGGAGCUGACGGUUCGCCGAGGCCAGACCGUGGAGGUCCUGGAGCGACUCCACGACAAGCCGGACUGGUGUUUGGUGCGCACCACGGACCGCUCGCCGGCCCAGGAGGGGAUUGUGCCCUGCUCCAUCCUGUGCAUCGCCCACUCCCGUUCCUCCAUGGAGAUGGAGGGGCUCUUCAACCACAAAGACACCUUGUCUGUAUCCAGUAAUGACGCCCUGCAACCCGGCUCUAGCCAGACCUUGGGACCCCACAGCUCACCGGGCCCCAAACGUCCAGGGAACACUUUGAGGAAGUGGCUCACCAGCCCCGUGAGGCGGCUCAGCUCUGGUAAGGCCGACGGCCACGUCAAGAAGCUCGCCCACAAGCACAAGAAGAACCGCGACGGCACAAGGAAGAACAUGGACGCCCUGCCCGGCUCACAAAAAGAUUCCGACGACAGUGCCGCCACGCCUCAGGACGAGACCCUGGAGGAACGCAUGCGUAAUGAAGGGCUGAGCAGCGGCACCCUGUCCAAGUCCUCGUCCUCAGGGAUGCAGAGCUGCGGCGAGGAGGAAGGAGAAGAGGGGGCCGAUGCUGUUCCUCUUCCUCCCCCCAUGGCCAUUCAGCAGCACAGCUUGCUGCAGCCGGACUCCCAGGAUGACAAGUCGGCGUCCCGGCUGUCCGCUCGCCCCUGCAGCUCAGAGACGCCGAGCGCCGCCGAGCUGGUCAGCGCCAUCGAGGAGCUGGUGAAGAGCAAGAUGUCUCUGGAGGACCGUCCCAGUUCUCUGUCGGUGGAGCAGGGCGACAGCAGCUCCCCCUCCCUCAACCCGUCCGAUAACUCGCUCCUGUCCUCCUCCUCGCCCAUCGACGAGGUGGAAGAGCGCAAAUCUGGCUUCCUCAAGAAAAGACAUUAUGUGCUGCUGGAGCUGGUAGAGACAGAAAGAGACUACGUCCGAGACUUAGGAUCAGUGGUGGAGGGCUACAUGAGCAGGAUGAAAGAGGAAGGAGUUCCAGAUGACAUGAGAGGGAAAGAUAAAAUCGUCUUUGGCAACAUCCAUCAGAUCUACGAGUGGCACAGAGAUUUAUUCCUGGGAGAGCUUGAGAAGUGUUUGGAGGAUCCUGACAGACUCGCUCCUUUAUUCAUCAAACAGGAGCGACGGCUGCACAUGUACAUCGUCUACUGCCAGAACAAGCCUAAAUCCGAGCACAUCGUGUCAGAGUAUAUCGACACUUACUUUGAAGACCUGAAGCAGCGGCUGGGCCACAGGCUGCAGAUCACUGAUCUGCUCAUCAAACCUGUUCAACGCAUCAUGAAGUACCAGCUACUACUGAAGGAUCUUCUGAAGGUUUCUAAGAAAGCAGGUGUGGAUACGACAGAGCUAGAGAAAGCUGUAGAAGUGAUGUGCGUGGUCCCGAAGCGCUGCAACGACAUGAUGAAUGUUGGACGACUUCAAGGGUUUGAAGGUAAGAUCGUGGCUCAGGGCAGGCUGCUCCUGCAGGACACCUUCAUGGUUUCAGACCAAGAUGGAGGCCUCCUGUCCAGGAUGAAGGAGAGGAGAGUGUUUCUCUUUGAGCAGAUAGUUAUUUUCAGCGAGCCUCUGGACAAAAAGAAAGGCUUCUCCACUCCCGGCUACCUCUUCAAGAACAGCAUCAAGGUGAGCUGUUUGGGUCUGGAGGAGAAUGCAGACGAUCCCUGCAAGUUUACGCUCAUCUCCAGGUCCUCCAACGGGACCCUGGAGAGGUUCACCUUCCAUUCAACAAGUCCCGGGGUCAGUCAGGCCUGGAUCCACCAUGUCAGCCAGAUCCUGGAAAAUCAGCGCAACUUCCUCAACGCUUUGACCUCACCCAUAGAGUACCAGAGGAACCAUGUGGGUGGGGGCGGGCAGAGCGGACCCCCCAGCAGUAGCAGCGGUACAGGAGGUCUCCCUGGAGGUAGCAGCACCAACAACAUAGGAGGAGGAGGAGGACUGGGGGGGAACUCCUCCUCCCUCUGCGGUCCUCGCUCUCGGCCGUCCCGCAUCCCACAGCCUUCCUCACGCCUCCCCCAGCCCGUUCACCACCACCACCCCCCGGGCCCCGAGGGGCUCGACAGAUCAGCAGGUAUGUGGUCUCCCUGCGCCCCCCACUCCUCUUACCUCUACUCAGACAGCAUGACAAACGGAGAGGCGUCGGCCUCUGAGGGUCCUAAGCUGAGGGGGCUGGAUGGUUCUCAUGGAAGUAACUGUAGCAGCAGUAAUAAGACACCAGACAGCAAGGACGACACCUUCAGACCGGGUCUGGGGGGCCACGAGGAGAACCAGAAGCCUCAGAAAGCCGCAGUUCCUCGGAUGACUGUGGCUCCUCUGAGUUUUCCACUUAAAAGCUCUCGAGUCGGGACGAUUUCUCCCCUCAUUUCACCUCACGCCCCCGGAGGAGGAAAGGAACCGUGUGUCCCGUCAAGCCCGUCGCAUAAAGGGAACCCUUUCUGGGCCGUGGUUCCCCCUAUGCCCCCCUCUCCAGCCAGCAGGCCCGCUUCGCUCUCCUUCCCCAGCGACACCAGCGGUGGAGGCGACUCGUUGGGCAGAGGGAGCGGCGGGACGCCGUCCUUCAAACGCAGCUCCAGCCACAGUAAGGACGUGGACCGCAUGAGCACCUGCUCCUCCACCAGCGAGCAGUCCGUAACCUCCACCCAGAGCAACGGGAGUGAAAGCAGCAGCAGCAGCAGCAGCAUGUCCACCAUGCUGGUGACGCAGGACUACGUGGCAGUGAAGGAGGAUGAGAUCAGCGUGGUGCAGGGUGAGGUGGUCCAGAUGCUCGCCAGCAACCAGCAGAGCAUGUUCCUGGUGUACCGGGCCUCCAACGAGCACUCCCCUGCCGCCGAGGGCUGGAUCCCUGGCUUUGUAUUAGGACACACCUCAUCCUCCAUCACACCCGAGCUCCCUGAAGGAACCAUCAAAAAGUCCCUGUCAUGGCACACAGCGCUGCGUAUCCGCCGAAAGUCUGAGAGGAGAGACAAGGAGGGCAGGAAGGUGGAGAACGGCUACCGCAGGUCUCAGGACAACCUGUCCACCAAGGUGUCUGUGAAGCUUCUGAAUCCCAACUACAUUUCUGACGCUCCACCAGAGUUCCUCGUUCCCCUCGCUGAUGCUUCCUGCGAGAGCGGCGACGACGCCACCCUGAGGUGUAAAGUGUGCGGCCGGCCUCGGGCCGCGGUCUCCUGGCACGGACCUGAUGACAACAUCCUGAGCAACGACGGGCGCUACAGCAUCACGUACAGUGAAACAGGAGAGGCGUCCCUUCAUGUCCUGGGCGUGUCUUUAGAGGACAGGGGCGUGUACACCUGUGUGGCCUCGAACAUCGCGGGCACCGUCGCCUCCUCUGCCAGCCUCAUGGUGUCGGCUCCUGGUGAUGACAGUGAAGACAUCUGGAAGAGCAGUUUUGAGUCUUACUACACAGAGAUUACUGAACUCGGAAGGGGCCGGUUCUCCGUGACCAAGAGGAGUGACCAGCGAGGAAGUAAACGCACCAUCGCAGCUAAACACGUCAACAAGAAGCUGCUGCGUCGAGAGCAGGUUCUGCAGGAGAUCCGACUCCUACAGACCCUGGACCACCCCAACCUGGUCAGACUUCUGGACACGUACGAGACGUCCAGCAGCUACGUCCUUGUCCUGGAGAUGGCAGACCAGGGACGGUUCCUGGACUACAUAGUGAGCUGGGGAAACCUGACAGAGGAGAAGGUGGCUCUGUACCUCAGAGACAUCCUGGAGGCUCUGCAGUACCUGCACCUCUGGCACAUAGCUCACCUGGAUGUCAAGCCUGAGAACAUUGUGGUGGAACACGUCUCCUCCCAGCCCGUGAUCAAGCUGACAGACUUCGGCGACGCAGUUCGGCUGAACCCUCAUACCUCCUACAUCCAUCCUCUGCUGGGGAGCCCCGAGUUCUCUGCUCCAGAACUGGUCCUGGGUCAGCCCGCCUCCCUGAUGUCUGACCUCUGGAGCUUAGGUGUGGUGACCUACGUUCUCCUGAGCGGCGCCUCCCCCUUCCUGGAUGAAAGCCUGGAGGAGACGUGUCUGAACAUUUGCCGCCUGGACUUCAGCUUCCCCGAGGACUACUUCCUGGGUGUGAGCCCAGCUGCCAGGGACUUCGUCUGCCUGCUGCUCCGGGGUGAGCCGGAGCGACGGCCCCCCGCUGCGUCCUGCCUGCAGGAGCCGUGGCUCCGGCCGCCGGGCGUUCCCAACCGAGACGGCGGGUACGGGCUGCUACAUCCGAGUCAUUACGGCACACAUCUGGACACCUCCAGGCUCAUCUCCUUCAUCGAGCGGCGGAAACACCAGAACGACGUUCGGCCUGUAGGCACCGUUAAGACCUUCCUCCAGAGCCGCCUCUUCAACCACACCUGAACCAGAACCAUGUUCAGCACCCCCUGAAACCUUCUUUAGCGCCAUCUCCUCCCCCACAAAGAAAGAAACCCCCUCCAGAGCUGCGAUCAAAUCUACUGAGACCUUCAGCGUCACAAAGACCCCCUCCUCCUUCAUGGAGCCACAGAAGUCCUGCUGCUGCUGACUGACAGAUAAACCCUUCCACUGCCCCCUCCUCACCCCUCCUAUUUAAAACUUUGGCAUAUUUAAACGAUGCCUGCACAACAAAUGAAGCGUUGAAAUCUGAGUGAGAUUUCAAACUUUGACUCAGCUGAGGUUUCUCGUUGGGACAGUGUUAAAUAAAGAAAACUGCAUCACAGGAAACAUUCAGGCUGCUUUUGGUCGAACAAGAGAAAAAAGAUUUUUGUAACGAGAGAUUACUUCUUGUUUUGUAAAGGAAACUGUGUACAGUCAGGGAAACAGAAUCGUCUUAAUUCAACACUUUUUUUUUUUAAAUAGAGGCUCGAGAAGGACGUGAAGAUCUCAUCAGCAGCGGUUCUGCCUGGACCCACCAAAACCAGGUUUUCCAGAGAGAGACAUUAAAGUUACAUCCUGUGCAAUAGUUUUUCAUCAGC